AUGCCUCCCCGCGACCGCACGGCCGAGUUCCACUCGGCGCUCUCGAGCAUUCGCGCGCGCACCGCCGCGCCCGCGAAGCGUGAUCCCGCCAAAGCUCCCCUCCUCCCGGCCGGCGGCGCGAGCGGGAGCAAGUCUGAGUUUGGGCGGCUGGCCGGCAACAUCGCAAAGGACAUCAAUGCGACGACGCUAAAGUUGCAGAAGCUGGCACAGUUGGCAAAGCGCAAAACACUCUUCGACGACCGCCCCAUCGAGAUCUCCGAGCUCACCUACAUCAUCCGACAGGACAUUGCGUCGCUCAACACGCAGAUCGCGAGCUUGCAGGCAUAUGUGCGCGCUCAGAAGGCCGGCAAGGGCCGGCAGCAGGUCGAGGAGCACAACUCGAACGUCGUCAUGAUGCUGCAGUCGCGCCUCGCCAACAUGGGCAUGGGCUUCAAGGACGUGCUUGAGUUGCGCACGCAGAAUAUGAAGGCGAGCAAAGAUCGCACCGAGCAGUUCAUGCACACGGCGAGCAAUGCGGCUGUGCUGCCGCCGGCGAAGGGUGAGUCUGCAAGAGUCCGAGCCAGGCGAGGGCUUGGGAAGCACCUGGGGGCGCCCAAGUCGUACUCACUCCUCUUCGCCAGCGGACCAGGAGCAGGCACCGAUGACCGGAAGGGCAAGUCGCGUGCGCCGCCAGACGCUGGCAACGACUUCCUUGCGCUCAACAUCGACGGACCACAGGGCGGCGAUUACAUGCAGACUCAGCUGGUGGAACAGCAGGACAACUACAUCCAGUCGCGAUCGACAGCAAUCGAAAGCAUCGAAAGCACGAUCGCCGAGCUGGGCCAGAUCUUCUCACAGCUCGCCAACAUGGUCGCCGAGCAGCGCGAGACGGUGCAGCGCAUCGACGCAGACGUCACGGACAUCUCAGCAAACGUGUCGGGCGCACAGCGUGAGCUGCUCAAGUACUAUGCCAGCAUCAGCAGUAAUCGCUGGCUGAUGCUCAAGAUCUUUGGUGUGCUGAUCAUUUUCUUCCUCGUCUUCAUUCUCGUCUCUCGGUAG